GCUCAAUUCAAGGAAUAAAAGUUGAGUUAUCUGGCUUCGUCCACACAUACAGGAUCGCGCAUCCCGACAUUACUUUUCACGUGUUUUUUUAGAAUCGCAGCUAGGAAUGUUGUAAGCAGGAGAAGUAUGUUUCUUUGAGAUUUUUUACGUCAGUUUACUAAACGUUGCAUUAUUUUCAGUGAAGUUAGAGCCAUGGGUCUGAAGGGUGUUUUUCGGGCGGUGAUAAUGGGAGCCCCGGGCUCGGGGAAAGGAACCGUAUCUAGUCGGAUAUCGCAGAGUUUCGGACUCAAGCAUCUCUCGAGCGGUGACAUGCUGCGGGCCAACAUCGAGGCGAAGACAGAUUUAGGUCUUUUGAUGAAGUCAUGUAUUGAUCAGGGUCAGCUGGUUCCUGAUGAUGUCAUCUCUCGUCUUAUUCUGUCCAGCCUGAGAAGCAUGAACCAAAGCAGCUGGCUAUUGGAUGGGUUUCCCCGAACUGUGGCUCAGGCUGAAGCUUUGGACAGCAUGUGUGAUGUUGAUAGCGUUAUCAACCUGGACGUGCCCUUCCAGACGAUCAGGGAGCGGCUGACAUCGCGCUGGGUGCACCUUCCCAGCGGCAGGGUCUAUAACAUAGACUUCAACCCACCAAAGAAGCCGGGUCUUGAUGAUGUCACAGGAGAGCCAUUGGUUCAGAGAGAUGAUGACAGUCCUGAAACUGUCACCAGGAGGCUGAAGGACUACGAGAGACAAACACAACCAGUUCUGGAGUAUUACAGGAGUAAAGGAGUGCUGAAGACCUUCACAGGAACCGAAACCAACAAGAUAUGGCCUCACGUUCAUGCCUUCCUGAGCAGAAAAAUCCCAGGGAACCAGCAGGCAAGGGGAAAAGCAUGACAACAUUUCGGACAACAUUCACAGCUACUGAAACACACUGAGGAGUUCAAUGCACUCCCAUGGCCUUAACCAGACUACAGUAAAGAGAGAUAAAACACUCCUUUGUUGAGUGAACCUUUGGUAUCAACAUCCGGUGCCAAACUACGAGAGGAUAUCACACAACACAAAGCGAAUGGCUAAAUGAGGCUUCUGUGCACUGCCACUUUGAGCUGUUUAGCUUGUUGUUAUUGGAGUAGAUGUUGUCGUAAUAAUAUUUAUACUUCAAAACGAAUCAUUUCCAAGUUUCCUUAGGAGACCAACCCAUCAGAAAAGCAUUUCUUUGGAAAAGCUUGUUUUCCAGUUGAAGUGGCUGCAAAACACAACAGCUUUAUAACAUUCCUGUUCGUAUUAUCCUACUUAAUAAGGUCUUAAUAAUUGUUGAAGAAUGAAAGAAAUAUAAUCAGACUUGAAAUGUUUGUUUUUUUCAAUCGGACUACUAUUUUAAUGUGAUUCACUGUACUGUAGUUUUACACAAAAUGGUCUUGUAACGUCUUGUACAUUAACUGCAUCACUGUAAUGCAGACUUAAAGCCUGACGAUUGUACGUGAGAUUUUAUAUUGUCUGACCAUUCGUUAUUUUCAAUAUGAAACCAAUUUUGCACAGAUUACAAGGUGAUAAAUAGAAUAAAAAGUGUUAGAAGUAAUAUUACAGAUAAGUAUUUUGAAUUAAGAGACAUCAGAAUGUCCAAUCUGAAGACAUUAAAAAUGAUUAAAGGGACAAACUGUGUUUUUCCUCAUUUAUGUUUUAUAAGCCUUUUUGUUCACUGUUCUGUAGUUAUAGAGACCUGCUGGACACAAAUUUGUGCAUUUGUGUUUUUUGCUGCUGCUUUUGCAAACAACAUUUUAGGGGGUUUUGUAUAAGAAAGAUCAGAGGUAGUGACUUUGCACCAGUUUUUUGUACAAGUUCUAUGACACAAAUGCAAACUAAGUGUCAAAGUUAUUCUAUCCUGGUUUGCUUUUAGUGAGUCAUAAAAACACAACCAAAUGUAUCAUAUUGAUACUUUAUGAAUACUGUAUAUUCGUUUAGUCUGUCUAAAUGUUUGUAGUGUG